CUCGCACGUUGCAAGGCUCACGGCUGGCUGCAGCAAGUUACCAGCAAUGUAUUUUGUCCCCACGUCCCCUGGCGGGUGUGGGAGUGAGCCUGGGUAAUACAGCGCGGCUUUGUGUCCUGCUGUGGGUGAUAGGGGGCCUGGGGGAGCGGCUGGGGGAGCGUAGGGAGCGAGAAGGGGAGAUGAAAGGGAAGCAAUCGUGUGUCCGGCAACUUUGGGUGGCUGUGGUGGCGGGGAGGGAGGCGGGCAGACGGGCAGGCGGCACCAGUGAACGCUUGGUGAACGUGCUGGAAGUGUCCUCGCCGAUGUGCGCCUCGCCUCGCCCUCGCCCUUGCUGAACACCCUAAGUCUCGCACGCACCGAGGUAGUGACGGCGGCGGUGUGGUGGCGGUGGUGGUGGUGGUGGUGACGCUGUUUCGCUCCCCCCCCCCUCGCCAGCUCGCCGUGGGGUGCCAGCCUCCACCGCUGUGCCGCGACUCAUGAUGGUGGCGGUGGUUCUUGCCGCAGAGGUGACGCCGCGCGGUGCACUCAGGCCUCACUCUCAGCCUCAGCUGGCGAACAGGCCACACCCCAUUGCCAGGAGGCACCAGCAGUAGCAGCAGCAUCAGCAGUAGCAGGGGCGGUAGGAUGUUGGCUGCGGGAUCGCUGGUGGUGGUGGUACUCCUUGGGGCCGCGAGUGCUGAUAUCCAGUUCCAGACGUUUGAAAACGGUCCCGUGUCGCCGCUGCGGACCCUGGAGAACCUGGUGCGCUUGCUGCAGAAGGAGGUGACGGACAUCCGCAAGGAGGUGCACACGCGCAUGGACACCAUGAAGUACGAGCUGACGUGCGAGAUCCGCAACCUGAAGGACGCGCUGACCAAGGAGCGCGAGGAGGCCAACGCCAAGGUGGACGAGGUGGCGCUGCAGAUGAACGACAUGAAGAAGAAGGUGAAGCGCGGCCUGCGGCGCGUCGGCGUGCAGAACGACGACAUCAAGGGCGAACUGCGCUCCCAGAAGGCGGAGCUGUUCGCGGUGCGCAAUAGCGUGUACGACGCCCGCGAGGAGGUGCUGGACAAAGGCAACCUCAUCCUGCGCAAGGUGAAUGCCACCAACGGCACGCUGGUGUGCCACAUCACAGACCUGCGCUCCAAACUGUACAAGAUCAACAACAACCUCGCCUUCAUCUCCGAUGAGCACAAGCGCAUGAUGGAGGUGGUGUCCAGCCUGUACGGCCGCAACGGCGCCAAGAACUUCGGCAGCAACCCACUGCCGGGCUCAGGCGCCGCUACAGAAACGGGAGGGGAGUGCAACGACCGGCUGCUGCCGGGCUGCUCCUACACGCCGCUGGACACGCACGAGCUGGGCCUGGACGCCGUCAACAAGACCUUCCUGAACGACUCCCUGGGCGGCAUACAGCGCGUGGCCAGCCUCGGGGGUGCGCCGGAUCCAGAUCGCGUGGAGAAGACGUGGGACAGCGAGGACAUCUCCCCCGAGGAGACACUGUUCCCCACCAUGCCCGAGGACUGCAACGACGACAAGCGGAAGUACCUGGAGUACCCGCCCAUGCCCCGCGACUGCAAGGACGUGUUUGACCUGGGUUUCAUGGAGGACGGCGCCUACCGCAUCCAACCGCCCGGCCUUUCCUCCCGCGAGGUGUACUGCGACCACCACACCGCGGGCGGCGGCUGGACCGUCAUGGUGGCGCGCCGCAAGCUGCCGCGCCACAUCUCCUUCAACAGGUCCUGGCACGAGUACGAGGUGGGCUUCGGCGACCCCAACAAGGAGUACUGGAUCGGUCUGAAGGCGCUCCACGCCCUCACCAGCGGCCGCCCACACCAACUGCGGGCGGACAUGGAUGACUGGGAGGGAAAUGCAGCGUGGGCGUCUUAUUCUUUCUUCUCGGUGUCUGGUGAGGAGGACAAGUACCGUCUGAAGGUGUCUGGCUACACUGGGACCGCCGGGGACAGCCUCAGACACUCACACCUGCAAAUGUUCUCGACCGUGGACAGCGACAACGACCAGGAGAAUUGGGGCAGCUGCGCAAGAGGUCGAGGCGGCGGCGGGUGGUGGUGGGGGCGCUGCGCCUGUACCCAACCAACAGGGCAGUACCGGAGGGGCAGGUACCAGGGGCCUGAGCGCGGCGUGACCUGGUGGCACUGGAAGGACUCAAACUACUCCCUCAAGUCCCUGGUACUCAAAUUUCGGCCGCUGGAGUGAUGGAGUAGCGACGACAAACCGAAGGAGUGAUCACGGAGGAGGAGGAGUAGGAGUAGGAGUAGGAGGACAAAGAGGAGGAGGAGGAGGAGGGGGUAAAUGGGAGUCUAUGAGAGUGUGAUGAUGGUGCUCCUCUCUCCCUUCCCUUCAGGUUUAAACUCCCCCCCCAACCCACUCUUCAACCCCCUCCCUUCCCCCCAAAGGAGUGGACUAGUGGUGAGCACAGUGCAAGGUUAGGAGUGCCUGUGUGUGUGUGUGUGUGUGUGUGUGUGUGUGUGUGUGUGUGUGUGUGUGUGUGUGUGUGGGGGCAAGCGUUGCGUGU